AUGCACGCCAUCGGCAUCGUGUGCAUCGGUCUCAUUCGGCACUACAAUUUGAGUUGGGGCUCUGGAGAUAAACUGCAACAUUACGACCGAUUCCUCGUUGGGGUUACCACCGUGGGUGGCAUGCUGCUCGUCACCAUCCCCACCUUCCUCGUCUACUUCUUUGGAGAUUCCAUCGAGAAGACGGGUCUGGAAGUCCUGCAGAACGUGGUCGGUAUGAUCAUGUACAUAGCAACAGGAGCCAUGGCCAUCGACAAUUAUGAUGGUGCUAAAGGCACAGAGACGGGAGACGCCGGGCUCGCCAUGGGGGCCCUGUCCAUCAUCAACGCCCUGGCCUACGCCAUCGACGCAUUCUUCGCCUACCGGAACCGAAAGGCUGCUUGAGACCUUCCUCAGGAGCACGCUUAAACUCACACCUCCACUUUUUUUUGUACAAUCUUGAUGACCUAUCAUUGUUUUGCCUUCGGUGUGUUCUGUUUUGUCUCAUUCAGAAUUUUCAUGUCGUGUGACU